GAGGGUCUCCCCUUCUCUCCAUCUCUAUGUCUUUCAAAUGACUAAUUUUUUUUUUUUUUUUUUUGACAGGCAGAGUGGACAGUGAGAGGGAGGCAGAGAGAAAGGUCUUCCUUUUGCCAUUGGUUCACCCUCCAAUGGCCGCCGCGGCCGGCGCACCGCGCUGAUCCGAAGGCAGGAGCCAGGUGCUUCUCCUGGUCUCCCAUGGGGUGCAGGACCCAAGCACUUGGGCCAUCCUCCACUGCACUCCCUGGCCACAGCAGAGAGCUGGCCUGGAAGAGGGGCAACCGGGACAGAAUCCGGCGCCCCGACCGGGACUAGAACCAGUGUGCCAGCGCCUCAAGGUGGAGGAUUAGCCUAGUGAGCCGCGGCGCUGUCCUCAAAUAACUAAUGUUUAAAAAAUAUAAAAAAGAAAGGAAAAGCCACAGUUUUUUAAUGGCCAAUUCAGAUAGACCAGCUAUCCAGAUUUGUGUGCAGGAUUUGGACUUCAGUGUUACUGAACUUAUUUGUAAAACUUAGACUUUUGCUCGUUCCUUGAAUUCUGCAUAUUAUCUCGGAUUGCGUCCUGGAUUUUUGUUUUACUGGCCCAUCUGGGACCCUGGUCAGGAGUUUCUCUACCAGACAUUCUACUGUGCAAGCUUCGUCUCAGCACAACAGGUGCACUUCGUGUUCAACAAGCCCUCGCCUUGAAUUGAGUCAAGGCUACAGUGAGGGGUUCAAAAGGCUUUAGGGCCUAGAGUUCUGCGGGAGAGAACACACACAUCAACUGACAGGACACAGUCACAAAACAGCAUCAAGACAAGUCUUGGGCUGGCGGUGUGGACGUGAGAACACUCCAGAAUGUAGAGAGAUGGGAACCACGCGUGGUUAGCACUGGCUUGUGUGGUCUCCUGCCUGUACACAAAGGUUUUGAUGUUUCAGCCUUAAACAUGAGAACACGUUUGUACUACAGACAGAAAUGCACAGUUAGACACCAGAAUCUUGACAGCGUUUUUUAAGUACUAUAGAAAGACACUGAUUUUUCUCUGACUCAUAAUUUGCCUUUCAAUAACUUACCAAGGCAAACCCAACAAAGAACCCAAGAACCUCAGAGCUGUUUGAACAUUGCAAAACCAAGGGGAUUUCUUUUUUUCUUUUCUUUUUCUUUCUUUCUUUCUUUCUUUUUUUUUUUUUUGGUAAGCACUGUUUUGAAAGAUACUAAUAGGGAGGCAUUUUGAAAGUAAUUUUCAGAAUGUUUCAUUUUCAAAACCUGGAUGUUAAAUAAGACUUUUACCCUUAAAAUGAAUCCCAAGUGAACAUAUCUUGUUAGCUACAUGAUAAAUGGUAGUGUACUGGCUGUGGUCUUCCCCUCGGAGACACUAAAAGAAAACGUGGGUGCAGAUGUGCUGCUGCAGGGACAUCCAGGGGCUGUGUGCUGGGGUGGAAGUGUGUGUGUUGGGUGUACACUGUGUACUGGGAGACAGGCAGUGGUGUUGGGCUCACACUGUCUGUGGUACUAGGAUGCGGACGUGGUAUGUGGUGGGUGCACAAUGUACUGAGCUAUAGAACUGUUGUGUGUUGGGUGCAUACUGUAACGGGAUGCAGACAGUUGGGUGUACACACUGUACUAGAAUGCAGAUGUGUGGGUUGGGUAUGCACUGCGUACUGGCAUGCACACAUGGUGUGUGUUGGGGUACACACUGUUCUGGGAUCCAGACGCAUGUUGGGUGUACACUGUGUAUUGGGAGACAGUCGUGAUGUGUGUUAUCUGCACACUGUACUGGGAUGAAGGUGUCUAUUGGGACACACACUGUACUGGGAUCCAGACAUGUUGUAUAUUAGGCCCUCACUGUGCACUGAGGUGCAGACACUGUGUGUUGGGUGCACAGUGUACUGGGAUAUAGACAUGGUUUGUUUUGGGGUGCUUACUGUACUGCAGACAUGAUGUGUUUUGGGGUGCACUCUGUGCUGGGAUGCAGAGGUCGUAUUUGUCCUAUGCACCCUGUACUGGGGUGCAGAUGUGAUGUGUUUUGGGUGCACACAGAGUACUGGGAUGCAGACGAGGUGUAUGUUGGGUACCUGUUGUGUACUGGGAUGCAGUUGUGGUGUGUGCUUUAUGCACACUGUGCUGGGAGGCAGACAUGAUAUGCUUUUGGUGUUCACUGCACUGGGAUCAUGAUGUGUGUUGGGGCACACACUGUACUUGGAUCCAGAUGUAUGUGUUGUGUGCACACUGUCCUGAGGUGUACACAUGGUAUGUGUUGAGUACACAGUGUAAUGGGAUGCACACGUGUGUUGCAGCACACACUGUCCUGAAAUGCAGACAUGGUAUGUGUUGAGUACACAGUGUAAUGGGAUGCACACGUGUGUUGCAGCAACACUGUCCUGAGAUGCAGAUGUGGUGUGUGUUGGGUGCAUAACGUAUCAUGAGGCAGAAAUGGUGUGUGUUGGCCCCCACACUGGACUGGGUUGUAGAAGUGUGUGUGUGGUACACAUGGUGUCCUGGAUUGCACAAGCGGCGUUUGUUGGAGCACACACCAGACUGAGGUGCAGCGGUGGUUUGUGUUGGGUAUACUGUAUGUAGACGCAGACGUGGAAUAUGUUUGGGGAGCAUGGUGCAGUAGGAUGCAGAUGUGGUAUGGGCUGGGUGCCUACUGUGUACUUCGAUGCAGUCGUGGUGUGUGCACACUGUACUGGGAAGCAGAUGUGGUGUGUGUUGCACACUGUACUGGGAUGGAGAUUUGAUUUGUGUUGGGUGUACGCGGUGCUGAGGUACACAUGUGCUAUGUGUUGGGUACAUUGUGUACUGGAUACAGAUGAGCUGUAGUUCUGGUGGGCCACUGCGUACUGGGAUGCAUUUGAGGUGUAUGCCAGGAUGCCCAAAGUGUGCUGGGCUGCAGAGUUGGAUUUUUAUUAGAUGUGUACUGUGUACUGGGUGCAGAAGUGUGUUGCAUGCACACUGUGUUGGGGUGCAGAUGUGUUUAUUGGGGUGCACAUUCUCCUGCGAUGCAGACAUGGGUGUGUGUUUAGGUACACACUCUACUUGGAUGCAGAGUUGGUAUGUGUUGGGGGCCCACCAUGUAUUGGGAUGCAAAGUGGUGUGUGUUGGGUAUUACUGUGUACUGUGAUAGAGACAUGGCAUGUUUUGGGGUGCAUGCUGUACUUGGAUGCACAAAUGGUGUGUGUUGGGGCACACACUGUACUGAGAUGUGGACACUGUUGGGUGCACACUGUACUGGGAUGCUGACAGGGUAUAUGUUGGGUGCCUACUGUGUACUGGAAUGCAGUCAUGUGUGUUGUAUGCACACUGCAUUGAGUGCAGACGUGGUUUGUGGUGUGUGCAUAGUGUAAUGGGAUGCAGAUAUUGUGUGUUGGGGUGUACACUGUAGUGGGAUGUAUUCGAGGUGUGUGCUGAGUCCACACUGUACUGGGAUGCUGAUGUAGUGUGUCUUAGGUGUACGCUGUGUGAAAGGAUGCGAAGGUGGUGUGUGUUGGGUGUGUAUACUGUACAUGGAAAAAGAUGUGUAUAUUGGUGCCCACACGACUGUGUGUUGUGUGCACUCAGUGUCCUGGGAUGCACACAUGUGAGUAUUGGGGCACACACGGCUCUAGGAUGCACAGGUGGUCUGUGUUGGGUGCACACUGUGUCCUGGGUUGGACAUGUGGUGUGUGUUGGAUCACACUCUGUACUGGGUUGCACAGAUAGUGAGUGUUGGGUGCCCCCUGUGUCCUGGGUGGCACAGGUGGUGCGUGCUGGGUGCAUACUGUGUACUGGGUGGCACAGGUGGUGUGUGCUGGUGCACACUGUGCUGGGUUGGACAGGUGGUGAGUGGUGGGUGUACACUGUGUCCUGGGUUGGACAGGUGGUGUGUUCGGUGUACACUGUGUUUUGGGUUGCAGAGGUGGUGAGUGUUGGGUGCCCCUGUGUCCUGGGUGCACAGAUAGUGAGUGUUGGGUGCACACUGUGUGCUGGGUGGCACAGGUGGUGUGUGCUGGGUGCACACUGUGUACUGGGUGGCACAGGUGGUGAGUGUUGGAAGCACACUGUGCUGGUUGCACUCGUGGUGUGUGUUGGGUGCACAGGUGGUGAGUGGUGGGUGUCCAGUGAAUAUAGGGUUGCAGAGGUGAGUGUUGGGUGCCCCUGUGUACUGGGUUACAUUGGUAGUGUGUGCUUGGUGCCCCUCUGUCCUGGGUUGGACAGGCUGUGUGUUGGGUGCCCCUCUGUCCUGGGUUGGACAGGCUGUGUUGGGUGCCCCCUCUGUCCUGGGUUGGACAGGCUGUGUGUUGGGUGCCCCUCUGUCCUGGGUUGGACAGGCUGUGUUGGGUGCCCCUCUGUCCUGGGUUGGACAGGCUGUGUUGGGUGCCCCCUCUGUCCUGGGUUGGACAGGCUGUGUGUUGGGUGCCUCCUGUGUACUGAGUUGGACAGGCUGUGUGUUGGGUGCACACUGUGUUCUGGGUUGGACAGUUGGUGAGUGUUGGGUGCCUCCUCUGUCCUGGGUUGGACAGGCUGUGUUGGGUGCCCCCUCUGUCCUGGGUUGGACAGGCUGUGUGUUGGGUGCCCCUCUGUCCUGGGUUGGACAGGCUGUGUUGGGUGCCCCCUCUGUCCUGGGUUGGACAGGCUGUGUGUUGGGUGCCCCUCUGUCCUGGGUUGGACAGGCUGUGUGUUGGGUGCCCCUCUGUCCUGGGUUGGACAGGCUGUGUUGGGUGCCCCCUCUGUCCUGGGUUGGACAGGCUGUGUGUUGGGUGCCCCUCUGUCCUGGGUUGGACAGGCUGUGUUGGGUGCCCCUCUGUCCUGGGUUGGACAGGCUGUGUUGGGUGCCCCCUCUGUCCUGGGUUGGACAGGCUGUGUGUUGGGUGCCUCCUGUGUACUGAGUUGGACAGGCUGUGUGUUGGGUGCACACUGUGUUCUGGGUUGGACAGUUGGUGAGUGUUGGGUGCCUCCUCUGUCCUGGGUUGGACAGGCUGUGUGUUGGGUGCCUCCUGUGUACUGAGUUGGACAGUUGGUGAGUGUUGGGUGCACCUGUGUAUUGGGUUGGACAGGUGGUACGUUUUGGGUGCACACUGUGUACUGGGUUGCCCACGUGGUGUGUGUUGGAUGCACACUGUGUACUACUUGCACAGGUGGUGAGUGUGGGUUCACACUGUAUACUGGGUUGCAGAGGUGGUGAGUGUUGGGUGCCCCUGUGUACUGGGUUGCACAGGUGGUCUGUGUAGGGUGCACACUGUGUACUGGGUUGCACAUGUUGUGUGUGUUGGGUGCACACUGUGCUGGGUUGCACAGGUGGUGAGUGGUGGGUGUACACUGUGUCCUGGGUUGCACAGGUGGUGAGUGUUGGGUGUACACUGUGUCCUGGGUUGGACAGGUGAUGUGUUGGGUGUACACUGUGUUUUGGGUUGCAGAGAUGGUGAGUGUUGGGUGCCCCCUGUGUCCUGGGUUGCACAGGUGGUGAGUGUUGGGUGCACACUGUGUCCUGGGUUGCACAAGUGGUGAGUGUUUUGUGCACACUGUGUGCUUAGUUGCACAGGUGGUGAAUGUUGGGUGCACACUGUGUGCUGGGUGGCACAGUUGGUGUGUGUUCUGUGCACACUCUGUACUGGGUGGCACAGUCGGUGUAUGUUGGGUGCAUACUGUGUACUGGGUGGCACAGUCGGUGUGUGUUGGGUGCACACUGUGUACUGGGUGGCAGUUGGUGUGUGUUGGGUGCAUACUGUGUACUGGGUGGCACAGGUGGUGAGUGUUCUGUGCACACUGUGUACGGGGUGGCACAGGUGGUGUGUGCUGGGUGCACACUGUGUACUGGGUGGCACAGGUGGUGUGUGCUGGUGCACACUGUGCUGGGUUGGACAGGUGGUGAGUGGUGGGUGUACACUGUGUCCUGGGUGGCACAGGUGGUGAGUGGUGGGUGUACACUGUGUCCUGGGUUGGACAGGUGGUGUGUUCGGUGUACACUGUGUUUUGGGUUGCAGAGGUGGUGAGUGUUGGGUGCCCCUGUGUCCUGGGUUGCACAGAUAGUGAGUGUUGGGUGCCCCCUGUGUCCUGGGUGGCACAGGUGGUGAGUGUUGUGUGCACACUGUGUACUGGGUGGCACAGGUGGUGAGUGUUGUGUGCACACUGUGUACGGGGUGGCACAGGUGGUGUGUGCUGGGUGCACACUGUGUACUGGGUGGCACAGGUGGUGAGUGUUGUGUGCACACUGUGUACUGGGUGGCACAGGUGGUGUGUGUUAGGAGCACACUGUGUCCUGGAUUGGACAGGUGGUGAGUGUUGGGUGCCCCUGUAUACUGGGUUGCACAGGUGGUCUGUGUAGGGUGCACACUAUGUACUGGGUUACACAGGUGGUGAGUGUUGGAUGCACACUGUGUACUGCGUUGCACAUGUCGUGUGUGAUGGGUGCACACUGUGCUGGGUUGCACAGGUGGUGAGUGGUGGGUGUCCAGUGUAUACAGGGUUGCAGAGGUGAGUGUUGGGUGCCCCUGUGUAUUGGGUUACAUUGGUAGUGUGUGCUUAGUGCCCCCUGUGUCCUGGGUUGGACAGGUGGUGUGUGUUGGGUGCCCCUGUGUCCUGGGUGGGACAGGUGGUGAGUGUUGGGUGCCCCCCCUGUCCUGGGUGGGACAGGUGGUGAGUGUUGGGUGCCCCCUGUGUCCUGGGUGGGACGGGUGGUGAGUGUUGGGUGAAUACUGUGUACUGGGUGGCACAGUCGGUGUGUGUUCUGUGCACACUGUGUACUGGGUGGCACAGUCAGUGUGUGUUGGGUGCACACUGUGUAGUGGGUGGCGCAGGUGGUGAGUGUCGGGUGCCCCCUGUGUCCUGGGUUGGACGGGUGGUGAGUGUCGGGUGCCCCCUGUGUCCUGGGUUGGACAGGUGGUGAGUGUCGGGUGCCCCCUGUGUCCUGGGUUGGACAUGUGGUGUGUGUUGGGUGCCCCCUUCAUCCUGGGUGGCACAGGUGGUGCGUGCUGGGUGCACUCUGUGUACUGGGUGGCACAGUCGGUGUGUGUUGGGUGCACACUGUGUGCUGGGUGGCACAGUCGGUGUGUGUUGGGUGCAUACUGUGUGCUGGGUGGCAAAGGUGGUGAGUGUUUUGUGCACACUCUGUACUGGUUGCAUGGGUGUUGAAUGUUGGGUGCACACUGUGUACUGGGUUGCCCGCAUGGUGAGUGUUGGGUGCACACCGUGUAUUGGGUUGCCCACAUGGUGUGUGUUGGAUGCACACUGUGUACUGCUUGCACAGGUGGUGAGUGUUGGGUGCACACUGUGUACUGGGUUGCCCGCAUGGUGAGUGUUGGGUGCACACUGUGUACUACUUGCACAGGUGGUGAGUGUGGGUUCACACUGUAUACUGGGUUGCAGAGGUGGUGAGUGUUGGGUACCCUUGUGUACUGGGUGGCACAGGUGGUCUGUGUUGGGUGCACACUUUGUCCUGGGUUGGACAGGUGGUGAGUGUUGGGUGCACACUGUGUACUGGGUUGCACAGGUGGUGUGUUUUGUAGGGUGCACACUGUGAACUGGGUGGCUCAGGUGGGGUGUGUGUGCGGCGCACACCGUCCUGGGGUGCAGACGCGGGGUUUGUGGGGGGUACACACUGUCCUGGGGUGCAAACGCAGGGUGUGUGGGGACGCAAUCUGUCCUGGGGUACAGACGUGGGGUCUUUGGGGGUACACACAGUCCUGGGUGCAGAGGUUGGUGUAUGGGGCAGUGCACAGUGUCUUGGGGUGCAGACACGGGGUGUGUGUGGGGCGCAUGCCACCCUGGGGUGCAGACGCGGGGUGUGUAUGGGGGCGCACAGUGUCCUGGGGUGCAGACACGGGGUGUGUGGGGCACGCACGCCGUCCUGGGGUGCAGACGUGGGGUUUGUGGGGGGCGCACAGUGUCCUGGGGUGCAGACGCGGGGUGUAUGGGGGCGCACAGUGUCCUGGGGUGCAGACGCGGGGUGUGUGGGGCACGCACGCCAUCCUCGGGUGCAGAUGCGAGGUGUAUGGGGGCCACAUUGUCCUGGGGUGCAGACGCGUGGUGUAUGGGGGCGCACACUGUCCUGCAGUGCAGACGAGGGGUGUAUGGGGGCGCACAUUGUCCUGAGGUGCAGACGUGGGGUGUAUGG